AUGGCCGACCAAGCCCUCACGAAGGCGUGGGGUACGCUUUCUAUGGAGGCAAAGAAGGCCAUCGAAGAAGCAGGAUGGAAGCCGCGGACGAUGGAGCCGGGGCCAAUUUGGCCCCCGGGAUUACCUGGCAAUGGAUCGCAAGCAGAAAGCAUGUCGCAGAAGGAGUACCAUGCGGCCAUUGAAACGGUGUGGCAAGGAGCCGAGCCCGCAGUGCAAAGGCUCCUCAGAGCAGCGGGUAUUCCCCCGCCGGGGGACUACAAGCCUGAGGACGAGACGCCAAAGCAGGCCAUCCAGGCCACGGAGCUGGAGGUAGCGGAAGCACAGAAGAAGGUCCAAGCCUGUGUGAAGGAUGAAGAGGACUCGCCAUACAAGGACGUCGCGGCCUACCUGGAAAAGGAAGGGAUCAUCCUGUCUGAGGAGCAAGCGGAGGCGCUCAAAACGAGGAUGGCGGUCAAGGUCGUGGAGACAGACUGGCUGGGACAGGAGCGGAGGGGCCGACACCUCAGGGCAGCUCCUGGUCCGAACAGCCAAAAUAUGAAAGCAGGACAAGUAGAGGAGUCUCAAUGGGGAGACUCUGAUUUCUCUUUUGACGGUGGCCGAAAGCAGUGUCACGGGGACAUUGUAUGGCCACAGGUACAUGGGGAAGGCAGUCAAGCUGUGUAUAGUACCCAAGUGCCUAAUACAAACAGCACAGUGGAAGACAGCCAAGAGAGCUGGAGUCCAGUAACGCGGGGUCCGAAGUCAGCCCGUGCUGUGGACAGCAGUUGGGCGGUCACAGGGCCCAGAUACUUCAGUCUGGGAUGUGCGGACCAUGAGGAUGAAUGUGCGAAUUCGGCCUCGCAAAAAGCAGAGGGAAGCCAAACACAGAUGGGAGACCCAACAGCGGUAAGAGGGGAUAGCCUAAAGACCUCGCAGAAAGCUGAGGAAGCACGGUUGUCGGCCUCGCAAAGUGCUGAGGGUCACCAAAGGAAGCAAAAGCCCAAGAAACGGAAAGCGCACCCAAAAGCACCACCUAAGGAUCUACCACAGGAGUGGCAAAUGCUGUGCCAAGUGGUGGGUAGAUAUGAUGCUUCCAGUGAGGCUGCCGCACUCGAAGCCAUUGAGAAACUGGAAGAGCAGGAACUCAACCCGCUACAACAACGAGCAUGCCACGAAGUGCUUCGUUCCUUUGUGGAGCAGGACGCACAAUAUGCCAAAUGGAUUUUGGCAGAUGUGGCAAGUGGGUAUCGCCAAGAUGAUAAGGCCGAAUGCAUCAAAAUCACAGCGGCUAACAUCACCAGCUGGAGGAAAUCCAUAGCGGCAUGGAUACACGAACUAGGACCGGACCUGGUGGUGCUGCAGGAAACCCAUCUCAAGACGGAGGGUAUCCAGCAAGCCAUGAGCCAUUGCCAAGAUAUGGGAUACACCUUCAUUGGCAUGCCAGGCAGUACAAAAAUUAAGGGUGUACAAGGAGGCCUGGCAGUGGUGGCACCCCGACAUAGGAACCUGCGAUACCUUACCGAGUAUGGGUCAGGACCGGCGGGCUUCCUGGCAUGUGCCAUGAGAAAUAAAGGCUGGGAUUUGAUCAUCGUCAGUCUGUAUUUGGAGAGCGGGGUCGGAUUCCAGGCUCCAAACAAUAUCCAAGUACUGGCGAGACUGAUAGCCUUUCUCAAGGGCUGCAAAGUGCCGUAUAUGGUGCUGGGUGAUUGGAAUGAAGCCCAGGAUACCAUGAGGGGCACAACUCUGGCGACAGAAGUUGGUGGUGCAUUUGUUGGAGUGGGGGAACCAACGGCCCAAGGAUCGGACGAAAUCGAUUACGGGCUGGUUGCGAAAUGCUUGGUGCCCAUCCUGCAAGUGAAAACGGAUUGGGAAACCCCUUUUCGGCCUCAUGCUGCAAUGCAUUGGAGGGUAGCCCAACCGUGCAGUAGCCCUGAUGUUCCCCAGAUGAAGAAGGCGGGAGCACUGGUGACGGAGACUGUGGAAUACGAACCAGUUCAAAACACACAGAGCAUCAACAUCUUAGAUGAACCCAAGAUGGUAGAUGAGCUCAGUGAGACAUUCGCUCACCUGAGUGCCGGUGUGGAGAGGUCGAUCACAGGCCGAAUCGACGGUAUGGGUGUUAAAUCGGAGAUUGUCCGGAAGAAGUUGGUGGUCAACAACCCGGAGAACGUUGUCUGGACAGGCAAGAGGGCGGCCUUUUGGAACCGGGUCCAACAAUGGGUCAAACAAGGCAGACAUCAUGGCGAUGCGCAUCCGGUGGCGCGUCUGGUCCAACGCAGGCUCGGCGAGUAUUACGAGGGUGAUGCGCAGAACCAGGAGGAUAUGCUCGUGAGUAUCCUGGGCCGGGGUACGGACGCUAGACUUGUUCUGAAGCGCAUCGACGAACAGCAAUGCUACGCGAGAAAGGCGGAUAUGGAGGAGACAGCCCACCAGUACAAGCAAUGGCUCAGCAAGGCCAUGGAAAAGGGCAUGCGACCAUUAUACAAUGCCUUGCGAAAAGAAGAACAAGUGGUACAAAGACCCUACAUGGAAUAUGACAUGCUGGAACGGCCACACAUUCGCCGAGACCACUGGGCGGCAGUGUGGACGACGGGCCAGCCGUUGGCAAAAUCGGCCUCGCUCAUGACGGAGCUUGAGGAUGCAGCCAAAAAACAAGCGGCCAGCGUGGAGCCGCUGAACCCUGUCGAGGUCAAGGCAAGGAUCAAAAAACUGGCACUAAAGAGCCCGGGGCCGGAUGGCUGGAGGAUUGACCAUUUGCAGGCCAUGGACGACAAAGCAGUUGAAGCCGUUGUGUCCUUCUACCAUGAAUGUGAGGCCAAGGCAGCAUGGCCGCAGCAAAUGACAGUCUCCCUUAUAGCAAUGCUGCCGAAGAAUCUGACCCGGGAAAGACCAAUCGCCUUGCUACACAUCCUGUACAGGACCUGGGUCCGUUUGCGAUGGGAUUUGGUAAGUACUUGGCAGGCAGGCUAUGCCACAACUGCCACGUACGACAAGGCAGUCCCAGGCAGUUGCUGCUUGGACGUGGCCGUAGGCAGACUACUGCGAAAUGAGGUGGCGAAGACAAAUGGAGUGCAUGUGGUGUCACUCUUUGUGGACCUCGAGUCCUUUUUCGAUACCAUCCAAUUUCAGCAAUUGAUCAGGGCAGCAACGGCCCUGCAAUAUCCACCGCUAAUCCUGAAGAUGGCACUGGAAGUGUACAUGGGUGCCAGAUAUUUGGUGGCGGAUGGGGUGCUGUCGGCAGGCAUCAGAGCUACAAAUGGCGUGCAAGCGGGUUGCCCAGCGGCGCCAUCGUUGGCAAAGGUGGCAUUGCACCCGGUGAUAGAUAAGAUCCAAAGGCGACGAGAUGUGGCAAACGUGGAUUGUUGGUUGGAUGAUGUCUCAAUUGACAUCCAGCAUAAGUCCUUUAAACAAGUGGCGGAUAGUGCCAUACGAGUCUACCGCAGCUUAAAGGACGGGAUGGACGCUAAUGGUUUCACGAUUUCAUCCAAGAAGACAGGGUUUGUGGCCAGCAGUACCCAGGCGAGCAAGCACCUGCGAGAACUCCUGUUGCCUCAUGAGCCACAGGUGUACGACGUGAUGCGUGACUUGGGCGUCGACAGUACAGGGGGGCGAAAGCGUCGCUUGGUGACGUCGGCGACGCGGGCCAAGAAAGCCCAUGCGAGACAUAGCAAACUGUCCAGGCUGGGGCCGCCGCCCAGCACUAAACUCCGCGUGGUCAAGGCAGCGAUCACGUCCGUUGCUUUGUGGGGGCACCCCUCUGUGGGGGUAUCACCCAAAAGAAUGAAAUGGCUCCGAACAGUGGUAGGAAAACACCUGGGUAAAUACAAGCUUGGGAGUUUGGAAACCAUCUUGGACAUGGGAGCCAAGAAAUGCCAGGAUCCAAAGCGCACAAUCCACAAGCAGCAUUUCAAAGUGGUGGCCAAAGUUUUCCGUGCAUGGAUUGGUGGCGGAAAAGCCCACUUUGACUUGGUCUGGAAAACCACUUGGAAGAGGUUGAGUUCGUCCAAACACCACUGGCCACUGGUCGCGGGACCGAUGGCAGCAACCAUGGCGUACUUAAUGGAUCUGAAGGUGGAUGCCAGUGACCCAGGCAAAUGGAAGAGAGGAAGUGUCCUCAACGUUGAUUGGACCCAGCCACGCAUGGGUAGCCUCGCCUACAAAUGGCUUGAGGGAUUCCUGGAGGAACAGAAACGGGCUGCAAUAGCGCGACAGGCAGGUGGCGCUGGUGCCCAAGAGGGGCUGGAUUGGACGCCGCAUCACAAGCUGACGAAGCUGGGAGGCCUAAGCCCAGGCCUUAUGGAAGGUAUAAAGUCAGUGUGGCACGCGGGCGUCAUCACGGAGUCCAAGCCAGGAUGCUUCGCAGCUGAUGCAAAAGUGGAAGCGGAAGGCUUGAUCUUCGCCACUGACGCAAGUGGAGGUCCAGGAGGAAUAGACCCACGUGUACAAACAUCAGCCCUCGCAGUGGUGGCUAUGUCCUGGACAAAAGGUGUCCUGGUGGAAGUCGGACGGAUUACAGAGCUGGUCUACCCGUGGCAGCCGGUGGUGGACAUGGAGCGCCGUGCACUUUUCCGACUAAUGGAGCACACGGAGGAUCUGAUUGAUGUCACUAUGGAUUGCAAGCCGGCAGUCCAAGUGCUACAAAAAACACAACCGCCGGAGGAUGACCUGGAAUGGAGCAAAGUGUGGAAUGACAGGAAACGUAUCAAGGCAACAUGGGUCCCGUCCCACAAAACUGAAGAGGAAUUCCUGGCGAAGAUGGGGCCGGGUACGUUGUGGCGACGUGCAGCGAAUGACAUGGCAGACAAAGUAUGUGGAGCAGUGGCGGCGGCUGCUUACAGCCCAGCGCACAAGAGGCGUGUCAAAGAGUUGGACAAUGUGGUGCGCACACUUUCCCUGGCGUACGGUGCACGCGCAGCCCACAUAUUGCGGAAGCGCAAAGAAGAAGACUUCCCCUUCAUCCUGGACCAUGCGCAUUACAAAGAGAAGAUGGUGGUCUUGGAGCAGUACUGCGUCAACCAGCCGGAGGAGCAGUUCCUGGAAACAGACCCCAAGAGGGCAAACUACACUCACCUAAAAGCGGCGUGUCGCAGUCUCGCUCGCUGCAGCACAAGGAACGAUUGGGUCUACCAAGCGGAGACCUACCUCAGUGAAGAGCGGAAGAAUCGGCCGGACAAAGGCAAGGGCAAAAGCAAGAACAAGCAGAAGGAUCAGCCCCGAGAACGUUCCCCGCUUCGACAGGCCAGACACCCGGAGCAGCCUUGGGAUAGGGAAGAGGAGAGUGCUUCGGAAUCUCCGGUGGGUCCGGUACGCCUACGGGAGAGAGGAGAAGACAGUGCGGCCUCGCACCAAGCUGAGGGUGUCAAUGAAGAGCAAGAGGCAAGCCAGCCUCGUACAGUCACGCUGGCGGAAGGGCCAGGUGCCCACAAUAUGGCCUCGCAGGAAGCUGAGGGAAAGGAGAAAAAGGUGCGGGGCGCACUCGACGAGGAUAUGCUCUGGAUCGGCUAUGGGACCCUGUGGGCAGGAUGGAUUGGAGUCCUUUUCGACGAAGCGGUGGAGGGUUACUGCCACCACUACUUCUAUGGAAGUAUCAUCCGCAGGGCAGAGCUGUUCAACACAUGGUGGCAGGAACAUCGCCAUGAAGCCGGGGUCCUCAGACAGUCCCUGUUUUACCUGGUGGCUAUAACGUCAUGGCUGACCAUGCAAGGAGUUGCUCUAUCGGAUGUCACGGUGAGCAACGUUGGGCGCGACCCAAUGUCAGGAUCGCUACCACGGGCAGUGUUCUUUGACACGGCGGAGUGGACGACGCUGCAGGAGGAGAGAUACAAGUUAUCAUGCGGCCUCGUACGCCUCCUGGAGAAAUAUGAUGAGGAGCUACUGGCAACCAUACGUGGAUUGGUCAGAACGUACGACGGCAAGGCGUGGAAAAAGGCCACUUACCGUGAGCGAGCAUGGUCAAGCCAGCGGAAGAAGUGGCAGUGGCCAAAGGAAGAUGCUACUUGGUGGACAAGACCUGCCAAGAACAAAGAAGGGAUGGCCGACCAAGCCCUCACGAAGGCGUGGGGUACGCUUUCUAUGGAGGCAAAGAAGGCCAUCGAAGAAGCAGGAUGGAAGCCGCGGACGAUGGAGCCGGGGCCAAUUUGGCCCCCGGGAUUACCUGGCAAUGGAUCGCAGGCAGAAAGCAUGUCGCAGAAGGAGUACCAUGCGGCCAUUGAGACUGUGUGGCAAGGAGCCGAGCCUGCAGUGCAAAGGCUCCUCAGAGCGGCGGGUAUACCCCCGCCGGGGGAUUACAAGCCUGAGGACGAGACGCCAAAGCAGGCCAUCCAGGCCACGGAGCUGGAGGUAGCGGAAGCACAGAAGAAGGUCCAAGCCUGUGUGAAGGAUGAAGAGGACUCGCCAUACAAGGACGUCGCGGCCUACCUGGAAAAGGAAGGGAUCAUCCUGUCUGAGGAGCAAGCGGAGGCGCUCAAAACAAGGAUGGCAGUCAAAGUCGUGGAGACAGACUGGACGGGAGUCUUGGGACCAAGAGAGCCGAGCAUGCCAGUUGAACUUGGCAUAUAUGGGCCGAUGCGCAUGUCUCGAGAUGUGUCAGUCAGGGCAACGCCGACGGGGCGCGAACGCUCGCCGGCGCGUGCCCAGGGCGAGGUCACCAAAGGAAGCAAAAGCCCAAGAAACGGAAAGCGCACCCAAGAGCACCACCUAAGGAUCUACCACAGGAGUGGCAAAUGUUGUUAUCAAGUGGUGGGUAGAUAUGAUGCUUCCAGUGAGGCUGCCGCACUCGAAGCCAUUGAGAAACUGGAAGAGCAGGAACUCAACCCGCUACAACAACGAGCAUGCCACGAAGUGCUUCGUUCCUUUGUGGAGCAGGACGCACAAUAUGCCAAAUGGAUCUUGGCAGAUGUGGUAAGUGGGUAUCGCCAAGAUGAUAAGGCCGAAUGCGUCAAAAUCACCUCGGCUAACAUCACCAGCUGGAGGAAACCCAUAGCGGCAUGGAUACACGAACUAGGACCGGACCUGGUGGUGCUGCAGGAAACCCAUCUCAAGACGGAGGGUAUCCAGCAAGCCAUGAGCCAUUGCCAAGAUAUGGGAUACACCUUCAUUGGCAUGCCAGGCAGUACAAAAACUAAGGGUGUACAAGGAGGCCUGGCAGUGGUGGCACCCCGACAUAGGAACCUGCGAUACCUUACUGAGUAUGGGACAGGACCGGCGGGCUUCCUGGCAUGUGCCAUGAGAAAUAAAGGCUGGGAUUUGAUCAUCGUCAGUCUGUAUUUGGAGAGCGGGGUCGGAUUCCAGGCUCCAAACAAUAUCCAAGUACUGGCGAGACUGAUAGCCUUUCUCAAGGGCUGCAAAGUGCCAUAUAUGGUGCUGGGUGAUUGGAAUGAAGCCCAGGAUACCAUGAGGGGCACAACUCUGGCGACAGAAGUUGGUGGUGCAUUUGUUGGAGUGGGGGAACCAACGGCCCAAGGAUCGGACGAAAUCGAUUACGGGCUGGUUGCGAAAUGCUUGGUGCCCAUCCUGCAAGUGAAAACGGAUUGGGAAACCCCUUUUCGGCCUCAUGCUGCAAUGCAUUGGAGGGUAGCCCAACCGUGCAGUAGCCCUGAUGUUCCCCAGAUGAAGAAGGCGGGAGCACUGGUGACGGAGACUGUGGAAUACGAACCAGUUCAAAACACACAGAGCAUCAACAUCUUGGAUGAACCCAAGAUGGUAGAUGAGCUCAGUGAGACAUUUGCUCACCUGAGUGCCGGUGUGGAGAGGUCGAUCACAGGCCGAAUCGACGGUAUGGGUGUUGUUAAAUCGGAGAUUGUGCGGAAGAAAUUGGUGGUCAACAACCCGGAGAACGUUGUCUGGACGGGCAAGAGGGCGGCCUUUUGGAACCGGGUCCAACAAUGGGUCAAACAAGGCAGACAUCAUGGCGAUGCACAUCCGGUGGCGCGUCUGGUCCAACGCAGGCUCGGCGAGUAUUACGAGGGUGAUGCGCAGAACCAGGAGGAUAUGCUUGCGAGUAUCCUGGGCCGGGGUACGGACGCUAGGCUUGUUCUGAAGCGCAUCGACGAACAGCAAUGCUACGCGAGAAAGGCGGAUAUGGAGGAGACAGCCCACCAGUACAAGCAAUGGCUCAGUAAGGCCAUGGAAAAGGGCAUGCGACCAUUAUACAAUGCCUUGCGAAAAGAAGAACAAGUGGUACACAGACCCUACAUGGAAUAUGACAUGCUGGAACGGCCACACAUUCGCCGAGACCACUGGGCGGCAGUGUGGACGACGGGCCAGCCGUUGGCAAAAUCGGCCUCGCUCAUGACGGAGCUUGAGGAUGCAGCCAAAAACAAGCGGCCAGCGAUCAAAAAACUGGCACUAAAGAGCCCGGGGCCGGAUGGCUGGAGGAUUGACCAUUUGCAGGCCAUGGACGAUAAAGCAGCCAAGGCAGCAUGGCCGCAGCAAAUGACAGUCUCCCUUAUAGCAAUGCUGCCGAAGAAUCUGACCCGGGAAAGACCAAUCGCCUUGCUACACAUCCUGUACAGGACUUGGGUCCGUCUGCGAUGGGAUUUGGUAAGUACUUGGCAGGCAGGCUAUGCCACAACUGCCACGUACGACAAGGCAGUCCCAGGCAGUUGCUGCUUGGACGUGGCCGUAGGCAGACUACUGCGAAAUGAGGUGGCAAAGACAAAUGGAGUGCAUGUGGUGUCACUCUUUGUGGACCUCGAGUCCUUUUUCGAUACCAUCCAAUUUCAGCAAUUGAUCAUGGCAGCAACGGCCCUGCAAUAUCCACCGCUAAUCCUGAAGAUGGCACUGGAAGUGUACAUGGGUGCCAGAUACUUGGUGGCGGAUGGGGUGCUAUCGGCAGGCAUCAGAGCUACAAAUGGCGUGCAAGCGGGUUGCCCAGCGGCGCCAUCGUUAGCAAAGGUGGCAUUGCACCCGGUGAUAGAAAAGAUCCAAAGGCGACGAGAUGUGGCAAACGUGGACUGUUGGUUGGAUGAUGUCUCAAUUGACAUCCAGCAUAAGUCCUUUAAACACGUGGCGGAUAGUGCCAUACGAGUCUACCGCAGCUUAAAGGACGGGAUGGAUGCUAAUGGUUUCAAGAUUUCAUCCAAGAAGACAGGGUUUGUGGCCAGCAGUACCCAGGCGAGCAAGCACCUGCGUGAACUCCUGCUGCCUCAUGAGCCACAGGUGUACGACGUGAUGCGUGACCUGGGCGUCGACAGUACAGGGGGGCGAAAGCGUCGCUUGGUGACGUCGGCAACGCGGGCCAAGAAAGCCCAUGCGAGACAUAGCAAACUGUCUAGGCUGGGGCCGCCGCCCAGCACUAAACUCCGCGUGGUCAAGGCAGCGAUCACAUCAGUUGCUUUGUGGGGGCACCCAUCUGUGGGGGUUUCACCCAAAAGAAUGAAAUGGCUCCGAACAGUGGUAGGAAAACACCUGGGUAAAUACAAGCUUGGGAGUUUGGAAACCAUAUUGGACAUGGGAGCCAAGAAAUGCCAGGAUCCAAAGCGCACAAUCCACAAGCAGCAUUUCAAAGUGGUGGCCAAAGUUUUCCGUGCAUGGAUCGGUGGCGGAAAAGCCCACUUUGACUUGGCCUGGAAAACCACUUGGAAGAGGUUGAGUGCGGCCAAACACCACUGGCCACUGGUCACGGGGCCGAUGGCAGCAACCAUGGCGUACUUACUGGAUCUGAAGGUAGAUGCCAGUGACCCAGGCAAAUGGAAGAGAGGGAGUGUCCUCAACGUUGAUUGGACCCAGCCACGCAUGGGUAGCCUCGCCUACAAAUGGCUUGAGGGAUUCCUGGAGGAACAGAAGCGGGCUGCGAUAGCGCGACAGGCAGGUGGCGCUGGUGCCCAAGAGGGGCUGGAUUGGACGCCGCAUCACAAGCUGACGAAGCUGGGAGGCCUCAGUCCAGGCCUUAUGGAAGGUAUAAAGUCAGUGUGGCACGCGGGCGUCAUCACGGAGUCCAAGCCAGGAUGGUGCAAGAAGUGCCAAAUGCCAGCAACUCUGGAGCAUGUCCUCAAGGAAUGUCCUUACUGGCGUGAACAAGGGUUCAAAGAACCCAAGCUCCAGGAAUACUUGCGUCACAAAUACCCAUGGGAGUGUCUGUGGACAAGGGCACUCCUGCCAAAGCCGGCGGUGUGGCACCCGAAGCCGCCGGAACACCUUUUAGGUCUACGUUACCAAGGAUGCUUUGCAGCAGAUGCAAAAGUGGAAGCGGAAGGCUUGAUCUUCGCCACUGACGCAAGUGGAGGUCCAGGAGGAAUAGACCCACGUGUACAAACAUCAGCCCUCGCAGUGGUGGCUAUGUCCUGGACAAAUGGUGUCCUGGGGGAAGCCGGACGGAUUACAGAGCUGGUCUACCCGUGGCAGCCGGUGGUGGACAUGGAGCGCCGUGCACUUUUCCGACUAAUGGAGCACACGGAGGAUCUGAUUGAUGUCACUAUGGAUUGCAAGCCGGCAGUCCAAGUGCUACAAAAAACACAACCGCCGGAGGAUGACCUGGAAUGGAGCAAAGUGUGGAAUGACAGGAAACGUAUCAAGGCAACCUGGGUCCCGUCCCACAAAACUGAAGAGGAAUUCCUGGCGAAGAUGGGGCCGGGCACGUUGUGGCGACGUGCAGCGAAUGACAUGGCAGACAAAGUAUGUGGUGCAGUAGCGGCGGCUGCUUACAGCCCAGCGCACAAGAGGCGUGUCAAAGAGUUGGACAAUGUGGUGCGCACACUUUCCCUGGCGUACGGUGCACGCGCAGCCCACAUAUUGAGGAAGCGCAAAGAAGAAGACUUCCCCUUCAUUCUGGACCAUGCGCAUUACAAAGAGAAGAUGGAGGCCUCGCAGAAAGCUGAGGGAUGCAAAAAAGAGCAGGGCAACGCCAAACUCAACAAACGCCAGCGGCUAUGGCAGUUGCUUAAAGACCCGGAGCGCGGGCAUCAAUGGGAGAAGGGCAGCGAACACCCCCGGAAUUUAACACUGAAAUGUCAACUGUGCGGGUUGUAUGUACAACAAACCCUCACGAACUUGGAGGUGGUCUUGGAGCAGUACUGCGUCAACCAGCCGGAGGCGCGAGUGCGUGAAGAGUGGGGUAUCCACCCCUCCCAUAAUAUGGUGAAUUUGGGAAUCCGUUGGGUUUGCACAAAGUGUGACCGAACACAUGCACCGGUCAGCCAGAAGUGCAAUAAAAGCCUGGCGGGGGAGUGCAAAUCGCGGACUUCUCAGGGCAAGCUGGUUACCCAAGCGCAAACCCUUGUCAAUGGUGGAAGUAUGAGCAACGUCCAGUUUCAACAGCCUCGC